CGGUCACUUUAGCUAGCUGUACUGUGACGUCAUAUACGGAUUUUAGAACAAACUGAGCUGACCUUGAAUUUUGCCCUCAUCCUGGUUAUUGCCAGAGUUGUAUCGACUGUUUUUAUGAAAUAAUAACACCUGUACCAGACUGGCAUAUGGAAUAAAUAGUAGGUGUGAAUAAUUACCAGCGUAAUUCUUCUGGGAUCGGAUUUACUGGCGCUAUAGUAGGUGGCCGACCGUCACCAGGAGCAGGAAGCCGCGUCAGCUAAGCCUGAGGUUGUGGGCAAGCUUGGCGCUAUUUUCCGUGCAAUCUCCCUUGCCUCUCUCUACCUUAUCCGUACGGCCCCUUUGCAAGUUGGGAUCGAGAAGAGCGAACUAAACUGAAGACUGAAGGCAACAUGGUUGCGUGUCAAGUGAAAGGAUGCCCAACUCGAAGUAGCUCUAGUCGUGUGCUCAAGAAGAGUAUGUUCUCAAUACCUGAUCCUCGAAAGGAGAGGAACAGAUGUGAAAAAUGGCUCUGUAUUUUGGGAUCACAAAAGUUCAAGAUAGAAACUUAUGAAUGCAUACACAACAAAUCCAGAUCAGUUGUAUGCGAGGAUCACUUUGAACCGGAGUGUUUUGAAGAGGACAUAAGAGCAAAAAUCAUGGGCUACGAACCCAGGAAGAGGUUGAGACCAGAUGCUGUCCCCACCAUACCAUUCGUAGCAGGCAAAAGACAUUCAAGUAAAACCAAAUCAAGUCCAAAAAGAAAGAAGCAGAAAGUGGUCACCUCAAGAAAGUCAAAAAAUGGAGCUUGCUCUAAGGACAUAAAAGAAGAGACAUCAUUUGAGGGGUUCUCUAUUCCUCCUCUCUUUCCAUCACGUAUUCCAUUGAAUGAUGAGGAAGAAGAGGAUGAAGAUGAACCAAAUCCUGACUUGGAUGAUAGUGAUGAGGAUUCACCUGCACAUCCUGCAGAUGUAAUGCUAUCAAUGGAAAGUACUUCACAGUGCAGCACAUUACAGGAACAGGAAUAUGAUGUUGGACCAUACUGCAGAGAAGCAGGAAUAUCUGCAGCAGACAUUACAUCUGGCUUCCAGAACGUAUCACCCAUGCCAACUAUCAAGAAUGGACUUGUACUUGAAAUCUAUGAUUACCUUCAUGAAACGCAGAUGUAUGACUUCAACGUUCUGAUUAAAAACUUGAAAAGACUAAAUAAUAGUCCAGAGGUCGGUAAUUGGAGUGUGGGAGCAUACAUAAAGAGAUUAGUGGAAAGAAAAGUCAGAGCAGAAACAGACACUGAGAAUGGAGAAAAAGACCUGGGGUAUUUGCGCGAGGAAGAAUUCAUGCUGAGUAGAAAGAAGACUUUCACCAAGAAAUAUGUAUCACCAAGGACAAAAUCAUUGCAUAAACAUCUUGAGCUAGCCAAGCAGCAAAGAGAGGAAACAUGGAAGUGCCUUGAUAAACUGGAAAAAGAUAUGCAACAUCUAAAGCAGGAGAAAACUUCAUUGUCAGAGAAAGUGACAGAACUCACCUUUGAGAAUAAAGACCUGAGAGAAACAGUUGGCAGUCUGCUGGGACAAUGUCAUGAAUUAGAGCAAUUCAAGAAAAAAUACAAAGAUUUGAAAGAGAAGUGUCACUGUCAACAAUUUCCAGAAAUCGACAUGAAAAAUAUUGAGGAACGUGGAGAAAAGUCUACUUAAUGUCAACAGAUGGUAAAUGAAAUAUCUGCUCCACUAGAUCAAAUGAGAGUUUUUAAAAAGGUACUUCAAUAGCACCAAUGAUAAGUACAUUUUUAUUUGACUUGGAAAAGGCCGAGAUUUUCCCAAAAUCUUAAAUGUUGUUUUCUGAUGGCAGGAGAGUGGGAGAUAGUUGUGAUCGAUUGUAAUUUCAUCUCAAUAGUUUAGUUUAGGCAGAUAGGAGUCUAAUGAUCAGUUACAAUCUCAUCAGAGUACAUGUAUUUCAUGAUUGUUUGAAUAAUGUUUAGGCAAAUUUUAAAUGUAAUUGGUGUACUAUUUUGAGCAAGAUCUCAGGAAUAUUUUAAACUACAUAUAUUAGUUCUCGUAAUGCUGAUUAAAAAUGAAUGUUCAAGACUCCAAAUAAAGUGAUAUCAGACAAGACCUUUUAGAAAAUGUAUAAUAGCCAAGUAAUGAGCAAAGAAAGCUGAGAAAAUCAAAGGAAUCAUUCCAAUUUACUUGCAUACAAUAUGAUUAUGCUCGCUUUCAGCUUUACCCAUAUCCAUUGAAUGUUCGUUUGCUUUAUUAUUAUUCUUGAUACACAUGUUUGUUUUGCCGAUUCAAAUAACCCAUCUAAUAUAUGAUAAACGAUUUUUAAACGAUUCUUCUUACCUCUGUCAAAAUGCAACUCUAUUAAUAUCAGAAUGGAAGAAUAUCUUGGAACAGAUCAUUUUCGUAAAAAUCAAAUACAUGCUGUAUCAUCUGUAUGAAAGCUCAGUACCGGUAUUCAUGUACUUUCAUAUUUCAAUUUUUUUAACUUUUAUGUAUAAUUGUAUACAUGUAAAUAUUUACAUAUAUAUAGUGACAUUGUUUCUGCUUUUAUUGUGUAAUGGGAUAGGGUUUCCUAGGCAGACAUACAAGAAUAAAUAUGAUGAAUUAUUUGAAAAUUUCAGAUCC